UUUCCCUGACUGCCUCGGCAGAAGCAGCCCUGAACUCGCUGCCCAGCUGCCCAUCCCACCCGGGACCGCUUCCCCCGUUGCCGAAGGGGGGGCGUAGGCAGGGGGAUCCCCGAGGGGGCGGCGCCCCUCCCCCCUUUGGAGAUUGGGAGGAGCUGGACGGGGAAGGGAGGAGCUAGAAGAGCUUCCUGCUUGGGCUCUGCAAAGUCUUGGCUGGGGCAGUUCUGAGAAGGGCGAUCCACGUGCGUGGCUGGGAAAGAAGGAAGGGAAGGAGGGAGGGAGCGUGGCCGGAGGGGCUGCGAGGAAAACGGAUUGCGGAUCUGUUCCUGCGCGCAUCUUUUUGGGAAGCGGAGUCCGGGCGAGGAAGAGAGCCGCCUCUUUCCUAUCGAGCGCCAGAGCCAGAAGGUUUGGGUUCAAUGGAUGCUCAGGCGGCCGGAGGGACCGGGGGCGAUCCCCCCCAGGAGCCGUUGUUUCGGGGCGUUGCUCAGGACGAGCCACCUCAGGAGGGAGCAUCAGACACUCUGAUGGCCUUGCCUUCAUCUCCUGGAACCUCGGUUCUUUGUAGCAGAGGAUUAAGAGCUGUUCAACUUCCAACUCAGGAAUUGAUAUCGCUUGAGGAUGUAGCUGUGUUUUUCUCCGUGGAGGAGUGGGCCCUGCUGGAUUCAAAGCAAAAAGCCCUGUACCGGGAGGUCAUGCUGGAAACCAAGAGGAACAUGGCUUCCUUAGCAGGCGAUGGAUGGGAGAUGGAGGAUUCUGGCCAAGAGGCAGCAGCACUUUUGCCAAAAGAGAAAAAGGAACUUGCAGAAAAAAUGUAUGGAAAGCAAAGUUUAGAGGAAAACCAAUUAAGGGUUGAGCUGGAGAAUUGCUCUAGUUUACCUUCUGCAGAUACCAAUGUCUUAUUGGGCACAGAUGAUUGCCAAGAAAAAGAAGUGUGUUCCAGGUAUGGGAAAACACUUCGAGAUGGAUCGGGAUUAUGUAAAAGCCCUGCUGGAGAGAAACAAGAUGAAAGCAGGCAAUACUCUAGAAGGACCCUUCCUCCUCCUUUACAUGAAAGAACACAAGAAGGAGGCGAAAUGUACAAAUGUACGGAGUGUGCAGAACGCUUUAGUACAAGUCGCUCUCUUGCACUGCAUAAAAAGAUUCACAAAGCAGAGGAUCCACACAAAUGUCUGGAUUGUGGAAGGACCUUCAGGCAGAAAAGUCACCUUAAUUCACAUAAGAAGGUCCACAAAGAGAAGAAGCAGCAUCAAUGCAUUAAUAGGGGAAACAGCUUCGGAAGCAGCGCCUCCCUUACUUCCCAUCAAAGCAUCCAUAGAGAGGAGAGGUUGCAUCAACGCAGGGAGGGUAGAACGAGGAUUACUGUGAGCAGGGAACCGAAUUCCCGGAAAAAAAGCCCCACUGGGAAGAAAUCAUGUAAAUGCCUGGAAUGUGGGAAGAGCUUCCGCUAUGCAAGUGAUCUCACUUCCCAUAAUAGGAUCCAUACAGGGGAAAAGCCGUAUCAUUGCACGGUGUGUGGAAAAAACUUCACCCAAAAAGGCCAUUUCAAUUUACAUAAGAGGAUCCACACCGGAGAGAAGCCGUAUAAAUGCACAGAGUGUGGAAAAUGCUUCAGGACCUCCGGUGAGCUUACUUGCCAUAAGAGGAUCCAUACAGGGGAGAAGCCAUAUCAUUGCAUGGUAUGUGGAAAGAACUUCACCCUAAAUGGCCUUUUAAAUAAACAUAAGAGGAUCCACACCGGAGAGAAGCCGUAUAAAUGCACAGAGUGUGGAAAAUGCUUCAGGACCUCCAGUGCCCUUUCUUGCCAUAAAAGAAUUCACACAGGAGAGAAACCCUAUGAAUGCUUGGAGUGUGGAAAAAGCUUCAAUAGACGUGGCGCUCUAACCUUACAUAAUAGGAUGCAUAAAGGGGAGAAACCAUAUAAAUGCCUGCACUGUGGAAAGAGCUUCAGUCAAGAAGUUAAUCUUAAGACACAUGAGAUGAUCCACACAGGGGAAAAACCAUUUCAAUGCACGGAGUGUGGAAAGAGCUUCCGUGUCUCAACAAGCCUUACUGCCCAUCACAGAAUCCACACGGGGGAGAAGCCCUUUCAAUGCCUGCAGUGUGGAAAGGGCUUCAGUAAGCCAAGUAGUCUUAUUCUCCAUAAAAGGAUCCACACGGGUGAAAAGCCUUAUAAGUGCACCGAAUGUGGCAAAUGCUUCGCUGAUUUGCGGGCUCUCUCUCUUCACAAAAGGCUCCACACUGGGGAGAAACCAUAUGAGUGCCACACUUGUGGAAAGAGCUUCAAUGAAAAAAAAAGCUAUAUCAGACAUAGCAGAACCCACACUGGGGAGAAACCAUAUCAGUGCCAGGAGUGUGGAAAAUGCUUCAGUGAUUCUGGAGAACUGAGGAUCCAUAAAAGGAUUCACACAGGGGAGAAACCCUAUAAGUGCACAGAGUGUGGCAUGAGUUUCAGAAGAAGUAGUUACCUUUGUAGCCACAAGAGGAUCCACACUGGGGAGAAACCAUAUACAUGUCAUGAGUGCGGAAAAAGCUUUAGUCGAAGUGAUUCACUCAGCAGCCAUAGAAGGCUUCACUCAGGGAAGAAACCCUAUAAAUGCCUGGAGUGUGGAAAAUGUUUUAGUGUGAGUGUCCAGCUUACCUACCACAAUAGGCUCCACACAGGAGAGAAGCCAUUUAAAUGCAUCGUGUGUGGAAAGAGUUUCCGAGACGGGGGGAAUCUUACGCGCCAUAAAAGAAUCCACACAGGGGAGAAGCCAUAUGAGUGUGUGGAGUAAAAAGAAAUUCAGAACUGGGAGUAACUUUAAUCACCAUAAGAAGACGCAUAGCAGGAAAAGAUGACACUAAUUGGCUCAUGUUGAUUCUCAAAAUUUUCUUUAUCCUCACAGAAGUGUCCCAGGAGAAUCUGUAGAAAUACAUGGCAUAUGGGAAGGGCUUCCAAAGCAACAGAACCUUUUUGACCCAUUAAAAAUAAGAGUUGCGUUGUAUAUUUAAGUCACACCAGAAGAACAAGAAACAGGAUCUUCAGUGAGCACUUCACUGGGAGAAAGAGACGCAAAAGAAGGAAAUAUUGAACCAAUACAAGGCUCAAGAUUUUUUCUUCUAAAAUAAAAACUGGACGGUUGGCGUUGUGUCUGCACCAUCUAAAAUUGGUUGGCUUUAACUGAUUUCUAGUCUGAGAUACGAUAUUGAUUGUGUUUGUUUUCUGUUAAUGCCCUAACUUGUACAAGUAGCUAAAGGCUUAGCUUACACAUCUCAGAUAUGCCGGUUCAGGAAUUCUGGAAGUUGAAGCCUACAAAUCAUAAAAGGUCCACGGUUCACCAUCCCUGGUCUAAAUCGAAGGAUCCUUGGAGAUUCAAUUAACAGGUUAAACUUAGAAUAAAAGCGUAAAUGCUUCUGCUUGUAAAUCAUAACCCCAAAUGUACUAUGGGACAAGACAAAAGGCACAAACAGGAAAGAUUUGCACCUGUACAUCUCUAAAAAGAAGAAGUAUGCUGUUAGAAAAAUAAGAAGUAUCAUGGAAAGCUAUGCUAUAGUACUGCUGAAGUGACAUUUGUGAAAGUGUUACGGUUACUCUGUGUACAUGUUGGGAUAGCUUUGCUGAGCUUUGUAUUAUGUACACUAUGGUUAAACUGUUAGUGUAAAACGGGCAGGAAUUACUGUAAAGGUUGGCCUCUCCCCUCUUUGGAAGAGCUUUAUAGCUCCUGCUGCCUUAAGGAAGUUCAAAACAUUCUUAAAGAUCCAUCUCAUCCUGGGCACCCUUUUUUUGGACUAUUACCAUCUGGCAGACGGUACAGGAUAAUAAAAAAAAGAACAAAUAGGCUGAAAAACAGCUUCUAUCCCAGGGCAAUAACCAUAUUGAAUUCUAUGGUAUAGUGCCGUGAUGGCAAACCUAUGUCACGUAUACCACUGAUGGUAUGCAUAGCCAUAUUGGUGGGCACCUGAGCUCAGCUCCCAGCUGAUUUUUAUUAUUUUUUAUUAUUAUUUA